CCUCCCCAGAGAGGGAGCGGCUGCGACGGGUGAGAUGGCAGAGGGGGGCUACGUCGGUGGUUCCAGGUCGGCCCCCGUCGCGAGAGGGCUCGAAAGCUCUCAUCCCCUCGUCCCGUCCCUGCCUCGGUGUCGGAGGCGCCGCAGCCGGGCCGCUGCAGCCGCUAUUUCCAGAAUGUUCCAGUCGCAGCAGCCAAGAACAGAGCGGACGCCGCCACGCCUGCGCACUGCUUGCUCCUUCCCGUCACCACCUCCUUCCCUCCCCCCGCCCCGGCUCCUGCCAGGCUGCGAGCCCGUUAUUCCCUGCCGUGAGCGCGCGAGGAGGAGCCGCUCUACCUGCGCGACAGAAACGAGCCCGAUAGCUAGCGCGUGUGCCCGUCUCCCUCGGCGGAGGAGACACAUAAUGAACCUACUAAUACAAGAUACAACUAGCUAAACAGCUAUAAAAUGCCCAAAUUUGGGUCCACAAAAACAGUUCAGAUUGAAAAUUCUGACAGUGAUAGUACCAUGGUGGAGAAACAAACUGCAAGAAAGAGCAAGGACAAGAUUGCAUCCUACAACAAAACUCCAAAAGUGGAUAGGAGUGAUGUGGGGAAGGAGAUGAAAGAAAAGUCUUCCAUGAAACGUAAACUUCCUUUUACUAUUAGUCCAUCCAGAAAUGAAGAUCGCAAUUCAGACACAGAAAAAGAAGGUCCGGAGAAAAAGAAAAUGAAGAAGGAUGCUGGAAAUAAGAAAUCAGCACCAGUUAGCAUUCUUUUUGGUUAUCCUCUGUCAGAGCGCAAACAGAUGGCACUUCUCAUGCAGAUGACAGCAAGAGACAACAGCCCAGAUUCCACCUUAACUUUGCAAACAACCCCAGCACAGAAGAAAACUUCCACCUCUUCUUCAAGACAAAAAGACAAAGUUAACAAGAGAAAUGAACGAGGGGAGACUCCUCUACAUAUGGCAGCCAUUCGAGGGGAUGUUAAACAGGUUAAGGAGUUAAUCAGUUUAGGUGCAAAUGUGAAUGUAAAAGACUUUGCAGGUUGGACACCUCUGCAUGAAGCUUGUAAUGUUGGUUACUAUGAUGUUGCUAAAGUCCUGAUAGCAGCAGGAGCAGAUGUGAACACGCAGGGCUUGGAUGAUGAUACACCACUUCAUGAUUCUGCGAGCAGUGGGCAUAGAAAUAUUGUGAAGUUGCUGCUUCGUCAUGGUGGAAAUCCAUUUCAAGCCAACAAACAUGGGGAGAGACCAGUUGAUGUGGCUGAAACCGAAGAGUUGGAAAUGUUGUUGAAAAGGGAGGUGCCUAUUUCUGAUGAUGAGGAGAGUUGCUCAGAUUCUGAAGAGGCUCCAUCUGUAAAUCCUUCCAGUGUAGAAGGCAAUGUUGAUUCAGAAGCAGAAAAAGAUUCUGUAGUCAAUGACAGCAAACAAAUGGUCCCUAAUAAGGCGCCACCUCCCUCUGCGGUUGAUGAGUAUGAGUUUAAAGAUGAUGAUGAUGAUGAAAUGAAAAAAAUGAUUGACGACAGACAUAUUCUUAGAAAAGACUUGAGGAAAGAGGAUGAGACUGAAGCCGAAAAGAACAGUUUAUUUGUGAAACAAGAAAAGGUUGUGUUUUCAAAAACACUUAAAAACAAAAAACAGAAAUCAUCUAGGGUUUUGUAUUCAAGUUCUGAAAGUUCAGAUGAAGACGUACUUCAAGACAAAAAGAUUGUCUCUCCUUGUUCUAUUUCAGAGACAUCACAUUCUGAUGUAAGAGUAAAGAAAGAAUACAUAGGUAUAAAUGAACACAAGCAAAAGGGCAAAGUUAAAAAGAAACUAAAAAAUCAGAGCAAAAAUAAAGAGAAUCAAGAACUAAAGCAAGAAAAAGAAAAUGCUAGAGUCACAAAUGUAGCUACUCCGGGGUUGGAUUCUUUAGAUAAAACUAGAGAGGAGGAAACUUUUAAGAAAUCUUUCAGCCCAAAAGAAGAUUCUUCUUUACAUCUGUUUCAUAUCACUGCUGGCAAAUCUCCUAAACAUCCUUGUGGAUUAAGUGAAAAGCAGGCAGCACCACUAAAGCAAGAAAACACUAAAACUUGCUCAUCACCAGGAGGCUCUGAAAUAACAUUGCAAUCCGAAUUAGUUCGGUAUGAUCACAACACUGAUUCUGAAUAUCAAGUAGAAAGUUCUAGUGGCAAGUCUUGUAAGCAUAAAGAAAAAAGCAAGCAUCAUCAGAAAGAAUUUCACUUAGACUUUGGUGAAAAAUCAAGUCCUAAAAUUAAAGAGGAAGAUAAUAGUACAACAUUUGAGAAUUCUGAGUAUACUCUGAAAAAGAUGGACAAGGAAGGUAAAACAAUUAAAAAGCAUAAAUUGAGACACAAAGAAAGAGACAAAGAUAAGCAUAAAAAGGAGCAGGAUGGGGAAAAGGAAAAACAUAAACAUAAAGAUAACACUAAAGAGGUCCAAAGAAGUAUCGAGUUUGACAGAGAAUUUUGGAAAGAGAAUUUUUUCAAAAGCGAUGAAACUGAAGAUACUGUAUUAAGUAUAGAACAUGAAUCUCUUUCUUCAGACAGAAAAUCAAAGUUUGAAAAAGCUGUGGUGAAAGAAGAUAAAUCAGUUAAACAGUUCCAGAAAGAGAGAAGUGUUAAAGAGGAGAGAGAGAGAAACAGAAAGGAAAAUGAGAGAUUUCUCAAGGAUGAAAAAACAAAAGAAGAAAAAGAAAUCGUGCUUGCAGAUAAAGAAAUGGAACUGUUUUGCUUAGGUGUUAAAGAUGAGGCAGCUGCCAUGUAUUCAGUAGAAAAGGAAACAGAUAUUGAAAAGCAAGAAAAAACUUUAAAGGAAAAUAAAGAAAAGACUGAAAAACGAAUCUCAGUCAAGGAAAGAGAUGCUGAAAAGAUGGAAAGAAAAAAUGUAGAAAAGGAGAAAAAGGUAAAACAUGAAUACAAGUCAGAGAAAGAAAAAGCAGAGCUAAAUGAAGGUAUAGAGAAAGUAAAGGAAAAACCCAAUUUCCAGCAAGCAGAAAGAUCCCAUAAAGAAAACGAUAAAAUAAAAAGCAUUAGUACUUUUAAAAAACUUGAUGACAAAGAAAGAAACAAAGAAAAGUUUGAGAAGAAGCAUGAUAAAGAAAAAUUUGAUAAAGACAGACAUUUGGCUGAAAGCAAAGAAAAACACUGUAUUGAAAGAAAAGUCAAACAGUCUGAAAAAGAAUCUGACUAUAUUAAGUCUGAAAAAAAUAGAACUAAAGACAAAGAGAAGGAACCUGAAAAAAAAGAUAAAUCCAAAGAUAAAGAGAGCUCGACAGUAGCAAACUCCAAGCAUGUUCAAGAAGAAAGGAGAUGCAGUAUUACAGAAGGUAAUAAAACAGUGCAUGACAAACUGUCGUCUUUGAAAGAAAAACCAAAAGAUGAUUUGUUGAAAACUCCAGAUGGUAGAGAGAAAGAUAAAAAAGAUAAAGAUAUAGACCGAUACAAAGAAAGAGACAAGCAUAAAGAUAAAAUGCAUCACACUAGCUUGCUUAAACUAAAACUUGAACAUGAAAAACUUAAGCCUAAGCCAUGUCCUGCACCAAAAGAUGCUCGACCUAAAGAAAAAAGAUUAGUCAAUGAUGACUUAAUGCAAACUAGUUUUGAAAGAAUGCUUAGUCUUAAAGAUUUGGAAAUUGAGCAGUGGCAUAGAAAACAUAAAGAAAAAAUAAAACAGAAAGAGAAGGAACGUUUAAGGAAUCGCACUUGCUUAGAACUUAAGAUAAAAGAAAAAGCAAAGCAUUCAUUAGCGGAAGUAAAAAACAAGGAACUGAUUCGUUCAAAAAGCUCAGAGUUGUCCGAUGUUUGCCUGAAGGAGAAACAGCAGAAAGAAGGUACAAUUAAUAGAUCUCAAUCAGUAGAUACAAAAACUGUAAAUGUAAAACCAUCAUUGGUUUUAGAAAAUAUAAAUAGAUCUCCAAAAUCAGAAAGUGAAAAGACAGGUUUGAGCUCCAGAUCAGUGUCUAUGAUUUCAGUCGCAAGCUCUGAGGAUUCUUGCCAUACCACAGUAACUACUCCAAGGCCUAUAACUGAAUAUGAUUCAGACUUCAUGCUAGAAGGUUCUGAUUCCCAAAUGUCUUUUUCACAAUCACCGUUUUUGGCAAGUGCCAAAUCACCAGCUCUUCUUGAAAGAGAGACUGAUAGCAUUGCUGAGUUGGCAGAUCGCAAUAAGCCACCUUUCCCAAGCAGACUUCCACCAGCCUAUGUUAGAUCGGCAUCUGUUGAAGAUGUUAAACUAGUUUUAAAUGAGUGUAGACCUGUUGUAGAGGUGCGAAGAUGCAGUAUGCCUGCUGCUGUUCCUGAGCAUAGCAAACAGGCUCGGAUACCAGAAGAAAAUAACCAGAAUGCUCUACCAUCAGUUCAGAGUUAUGCUUGCACUUCUCCUAAACCAGAACUAUCAUGUAGCAUGCUUGAAAGAGAUUUUCAAAAUAGUAUGUCUGGUUUGCAGUCAAACUUCACAUCCUCUCCAGCUGGAGCCAUUAGCAGCAACAAGCAGGUAAUAACGGGUACAAGUGCUAUUAAAAAUAUUGCUCAGAUAAGCCCUUCAGAAGAAUUUAAUAUGCAUUUAGAGUCACAUAGUCAAAGUGGUAUGACUCAGCAGACCAAACCAUGGGAUGUGCCUUUUGACAGACUUAAUUCAUUAAACAACGAAUGUAACAGCUCAGGUUAUGGUAUAUCAGAGCAAGAUACUAAUGUUGUAGCAAUGCAUAAUUCUGAAAACAGGACUUUAAAAGAGCAAAAAUUACCUGAACUUUUGCCUCAGCAUGCUGAAAUCAAGGGAAAUGCCAGUUUUCAGGAAUCUGCAUCAUUUUUACCUUCUCAGUCGCCUUGUUCUUUGCCUAUCCAGCCACUCCCAGAUAUAUCUAAACACAUUUCUUUACCAGGCACUAGUAGUCAAGAUUCAUUAUUUGUACAGCAGCAAAGUAUAGUUCAAACUGCAAUUUCUACUUUGGAUACAGAUGCUAAUAGUACCAGAGAGACAGAAAAUUCUUUCUUCCCUUCAAGUGUUAAGAAGGCUGAUGUACCUGUUGCUGUAUAUUCCGAGAACUCUGCUAAGGAUAUUUCACAGAGUUAUGAAAGAGUGAAUGAUUUGCGUACAGUAGUGAUAGAAGAAGAGACUACUGAGGGUGAUCCCAGUUCACAAUUAAAUACAAAUCUGUAUGCAUUCAAUAAACUUGUUUGCAGGAAUGCUCAAAUUGAAGUGGAUAGUAACACAAUGGAUACUACAGAUAAUAGAAAUGAAAAAAAACAACAAGAAAAUUUGGUGUCAGUUGAUGUUGUUAAUAAUAACGCUGACACUGAUCUUUGUGAAACAAGUUCAGGAAUGUUAAAAGAACUUAUGAAUGAAUCAGCUAAUAAAAAAACCUGCACUGCAGAUAGAGAAAAUACGUUAACAGAUGAUCCAUCACAAUACUCUUUAUCUAACUUGGAAAAUAGUUCACAACAGAUUAUGCAGGAAGAGGUGCAUAAAUAUAGUCAAAUAGUUAAACUAGAAGGAGAAGAAAUUGCUGAGGAUCAGAAAGUGGAAGAGCAAGAAAUACCUCAAAGAAUCACAAGAAAUAGAGCAAAUUUGCUUGCUAACCAAGGUAAGCAGAAUCCUGUUGGGUGCACACUGACAUCAGAAAAAGAGUCUGAAUCAUCAGCAUCUAUGAAAGGAAGAAUUAGAUUAACUGAGGAAGAUGAUGCUCAGGUACAUCACCCACGUAAAAGAAAAGUGUCUCGUGUCCCUCAGCCUGUGCAAGUGAACCCUUCUUUACUGCAAGCUAAGGAGAAAACACAGCAGUCUUUGGCAGCUAUUGUUGAUUCUUUGAAACUCGAAGAGAUUCAGCCAUACAGUUCGGAGAGAGCAAAUCCAUAUUUUGAAUACCUACACAUAAGAAAAAAAAUAGAAGAGAGGCGUAAAUUACUGUGCAGUGUUAUUCCUCAGGCACCUCAAUAUUAUGAUGAAUAUGUGACCUUCAAUGGAUCAUACCUGCUGGAUGGCAAUCCCUUGAGCAAGAUAUGCAUUCCAACUAUCACACCACCUCCCUCACUGUCGGACCCGCUUAAGGAACUGUUUAAACAACAGGAGGUUGUAAGGAUGAAACUACGUCUACAGCACAGUAUUGAAAGGGAAAAGCUUAUCGUUUCUAAUGAACAAGAAGUUCUACGUGUUCAUUAUCGAGCAGCAAGAACUCUAGCUAAUCAAACACUACCAUUCAGUGCCUGCACUGUUCUGCUAGAUGCUGAGGUUUAUAAUGUGCCUCUGGAUGCUCAGGCUGAUGAUAGUAAAACAUCAGUGAGGGAUCGAUUUAAUGCAAGACAGUUUAUGUCAUGGUUACAGGACGUCGAUGAUAAGUUUGACAAAUUAAAGACAUGCCUUUUGAUGAGGCAGCAGCAUGAAGCAGCAGCUUUAAAUGCGGUACAGAGACUGGAGUGGCAGCUUAAACUACAAGAACUUGAUCCUGCUACAUACAAAUCUAUCAGCAUUUAUGAAAUUCAGGAGUUUUAUGUUCCUCUUGUUGAUGUUAAUGAUGACUUUGAAUUGACACCAAUAUGACGACUAGUAUCAUCUGUCUCUUUUUUUCUGUUGUACAACUAGAGACUGAUGUGCAAUCAUACAGAAAUGUAUUUUUCUUUUAAGACAGAGCACUUAAUUUUUUCAGUAAUUCAGCUGUCCCUUCAGAAAAAUGUUAAACAGUCUUGUUCAAAUACAGAGGAUGGAUACUAAUUUGAAAAAUCAGUUCCCCAGUAAAUAACAUUAUUUGUAUUUUAAAAGUUGUGUAUAGUUGUGCGGCUUAUUGCUAAAAAAAAGAUGACAAAACACAGUGAGUUAACAGCGCUGGAAGCUGUUAAUAACUAAAACAGCCACCGAAAAACAAGUGAUACUUAAUAUGCUAUAAACCUUUGUUGUAUUAUGAAACUUCAGUAACAGUUGAACUCCCACAGAAAAGAUGAAAAAGCCUGUGGAAGCAAAUAUAAUAUUUGGAGGAAGAUAGUCUAUUAAUCUUAUUAUAUUUUGUAAAUUACUGUACAGUUUUCUUUUUGGAAAAAGAUGUAAUAUUGUCUUCAUUUUUUAAUAAUUUAUUUUAUACAUAUUGUGCAAAUGUAAAUAGUCUUGUAAUGUUCAAACCUGUAUAAAAUAGAUAUUUUAAUUUUUUUAAUUAUAAAACUGUUUUUGUCUGUUUUAUUGGACCAAAGUUGUAGGGGAUUCUCUCUCUCCCUCUCUCCCUCCCUCCCUCCCUCCCUCUCUCCCUCCCUCCCUCUCUCCCUCUCUCUCUCCCCCUCCCUCCCUCUCUCUCCCCCUCCCUCCCUCUCUCUCCCCCUCCCUCCCUCUCUCUCUCUCUCUCCCCCUCCCUCCCUCUCUCUCUCUCUCUCCCCCUCCCUCCCUCUCUCUCUCUCUCUCCCCCUCCCUCCCUCUCUCUCUCUCUCUCCCCCUCCCUCCCUCUCUCUCUCUCUCUCCCCCUCCCUCCCUCUCUCUCUCUCUCUCCCCCUCCCUCCCUCUCUCUCUCUCUCUCCCCCUCCCUCCCUCUCUCUCUCUCUCUCCCCCUCCCUCCCUCUCUCUCUCUCUCUCCCCCUCCCUCCCUCCCCAAGUGUAGUGUGUUCCUGUUUGGCAGUUCUUUUUAACAAGGCAUGUGUUUGAUUUAGCUGCUUGUUUCAUCACUGUAACUGUAAAAGAACUGAAACUGAACUGUAUUGCAUGCUUCACAGAACUCUCAACUCCUUUACUUCAGUAACUGAUACCUAAACAAUUGUAAUAUCUACAAGACUAUAUUUCAUUUUAGUCUGUAAUGCCAUACCUAUGACUUACUAUACUAAAAAUAUUUUUGUGUAAAACAUUAAAAAGAAAAAAAAAAAGCUCUUAUAUGGUGGUCUCAUAAUAGAGCCUAUUUUUUUUCCAACAAAAUGCCUUUGAAUGAAAAUUCU